AUUCUGCCCCAGUUUAAGUCAGUGAGCCACACUCUGGCUGUUCUCAAUGAAAGAGGGAUCAGACCCUAUAGACUUCAUGGAGUUUUCCUCCUCUUUCGGUGCUGGGCUUUACAGAUUCAUUGUGUUCCCCUUCUCCAACCCACCGUCUGCUUUCAUCUCUGUCUGCUCCAACCCUCCGCUACUUUCUCUGCUAGAGCGGAGAAAAAGGAAACCGUUUGAACAGGAUGUAUGUAACGAUUCUUUCUCACAACACGCUCCCGGUACGACUUGAGAUUUCAGAAGUAACAAUUUUCUCUGUACCGACACGCGUUCUUUCCCUUUCCGUCGACACCCCGGUUUUAGAACCGAGUGACUUGGGGGCUUGGGAUCUUGGCAAGCGGGGCUAAUCCGAAACCAACAGCCAAUUUGCCCACCUUUGUAGGACGACAGGCUGGCGAGUGUGUUAGGUAACUUCAGGGAAAGUUGUCAUUUCUCUCUAGGUAGAGUUUGGCCGGGCUGUGGUGGUACCUGGGAUGCAGAGCUGAAUGAAGGCCGAUUUCUUAAAUUGUAUUUCAGUGAGGGGUCUUUCCGGGUUAAUGAGCUGACAUCAUGAUUAAAGCUGACCAUUUGUAAUGUGUCUCGACCCCGUUGAAAAGCACGGAAAAGGUUAAUGUGGUAAAGCAGGAGAGCACCUGCCCCUCGCAGGGAGAGGAGUUGGAACACUUUUCCUAAUCAAUUAGUCCAUUAAUGAGUCUAUCAAGUAGUUAAGUAGUUAAAGAUUAUGCAGCUGGUCUGGGUAACAGUCGUCAUCUCGCUAUACCUAAUUAUAUUAUAAGUACCUUAUUCAAUAUACCAGACAUAAUACGGUGACUUGGAGUUAAUGAAAAUGUCAUUUUAAAACGUCUUGACAUUUGUCUAUAUUGAUUUGUAUAUUUCCAUCUCAUUCACUCGCCCCCACCCCGCGCCCGGAUUUGGUUUUUUAUUUUUGGAGGGGGGUGAACAUACAUAUUAUUAAAAGAAUCAACAGAUUGAAGCGGGGGGGUCCCCAGUAUAUGUGACCAGAGGAAAGAGAAACCCAUUUCCUCCUCUCACCUGAGCCCUUUUUGAUGGGAUCCAUUUUGCUUGAAGGCGGGAGACACGGAUCUCUUUGCAACCUGAUUCCUAGGGACAGUGUAAGAUUGGGUUGAAAAAAUGUUGUGAGCCCAUCCACAAGCCAAUAAGUAUAUCGGAAAAUGUAUGUAACCUAACGAACAGGGACUUCUAGUUGGAGAAUAGUUAUCCACGCAUUUCUCUUAGCAGAAUAGCUUCCAAGUUGGACGCGGAGAUUUCAGUGUGAUUUUCCCAGACCUGUUUAUGACUGUUGUGCUUCCGUGUCAGAUGCAAUUCAGUAGCUAAAUAAGACUUGGAAAUUCGCCUGAUCAUAUUGCUUUCAAAGGUUUCAUAUGCCAACGGUGACAUGGUGCUAUCCAAAUCAAGUGAGAAUAUGAUCUUCGGAUAAUAUAUUGCAGCACUGACUACAUAUACCAUGUUCACUGCGGGAUAGCACCGUUAAAUAGGAAGUUCGGGGAAAACAGGAAUUAAUGCAGAGGUUCUCCUGUUAGAGGGCCCGGGCCACAACAUUUAGCUUUGAACUUUAGGAAAAACCCCAGCUCCCUUUGAAAUAUCUAUAGAAGGUAAAGGAAAAGAAGUUAUAACAUGCAGCCUUCCCUGCUCUGUACCUGUACUGUGCAUUUGUGUAAAUCCUGAAGUAGUGGCUUUAAUUAAACCAACACUGAAUUGAGCUUUCAAAUCUCUGCCGAUUUGCCACUAGUACAGGUUACAUCCUUCUUCAUUUCUGCCAACUAGAACGCACGUUAUGUACCAUUUUACAAUAAGUAACCCCCCAUCCUAAUGCAAUUGUAACGGGAUUAGGGAGCGGGAUGGUUGCAAUCCUUAAUGAUCAUGUUAUCAUUGUACUCCUCUGGAGGAAAUGAUUUUAAGACUUUGAAAGAGAGAGUUUUCCUUUCCAAUUUCGUGUCUUGGAUGAAGGAUGUACCACCCCAGAGGAAGUGAAACGAGUGCCAAUGUAGUUACAAUGAUCGCAAUGAAUUUUGUAAAUCCCAAUAGAAAUGCCAUCUGAACAGGAUUUAAAUAUAGAUAUAGGUAUCCGGCUGCACCACAAAGACUUAUUACAUCCCACGGGGAAGGUUAGGGAUGUACCUGCAUCGUUUUGGGGAUAGGAAAUGCGUUUCGUAGGUUGGAUUGCAUCCUACCAUUGAUACCUUUACUAAAUGUUCCUUGCCUAGGCUUCUUGGCGCCAGGCAACUCAAAUCCAUUUAGUCUUUUCAUCUCUCCCGCAAUCUCCCAGCCGUGUACAAGCGGCAAAUCUGGCUCUCCCGGAAAGGAGUCAGAUCUUUGUGAGCCUGAUACAACUCGUGAGCCGUUUGACUGGCUCGAUGUUUUAAAGACAAGCAGUUAAACUUGGGAUGGGGGUUCAUUCCUGCACGGGGGCCACUUCGAUCUUUCGGUGGAUGUUGUUAGACGUUAGUCGGGGGCCUACUGAAAACAGCCAAUAAUUAAUUAGGAGUCGGACGUUGAUGGGGAGUUACUCAGCAGACACUUCUUGUUUAGAUUACCCCUUCUUUAGGUCGGAUAUAGAGGAUAUUAGUUACAAAAUGGAAGCCGGUGCCUUAAUCAAACCAAAUUCUCCUCUAGCACCUGGAAUUUUCUAGAUCUAAUUUGCUUGCGUUUUUAUAUUAAAUAAUGGUAAUAAAUAAAACAAAUCUGCUCCCAGGUUUGCCUGUUUUCGCUGGGGCUGUGCUCUCUCUGGUGUAGGAAUGCUCCCUGGCUCCUGAAAAGUUCAUUUGGAAAUAUACAAAAGCAUUUCCCCUUUACACUGGGAAAGACAAAAGGAAAAGGGAGUCAUUUACUCGACCUCCUUUACCAUGUUAUAUGUAGCAUCAAAACUCCUGUCUUUAAAUCUUGAUGCUCAAAUGUUGCUUGUUAGGCAGCAGACUCUAGCAAAUCAGUUUCAUGAGCAAAAGGGUGAAAACCCACGGAAAUGCACAAUGUGUUUAUUUAAACAACAUCCCACUGUUUUAAAGAAGAGAUUCAGACCACAUCAGUUCCCCCCCCCAGUUCCACCUAAAAGGUUGCAAACGAGGUGGUGGAGAAGGAAAAGACACUUAGACGCUUGUUUGGCAUCUAUUUUAUCCCUAUUAGCGUCCGGCUUUAAACUGAGUCCUCCACUUGUCAGUUUAAUGAGCGGCUGCGAUCCAGUUCUGUUGGCUUCAGCCAGCAGCCCCCCGAAAACCAGCGGGCUUGCGGGGGGCUAGAAUUUUGAAACUUUCCGGGGCUGCCAGCAGUCUGUGAUUGGCCCUGGCAGAUGUAACCUCCAUGCAAAUGAAGCCACGCCACCCCGCCGCCUGGAGAUCAGUAGAGAUCUGAGAGAGAAAGGAGCAUGCAUUCAGGCUGGGCAAGCUCAGGGAAAACCUGCAAAGACACGCCAAAAACACACCCCAAAACACAACCAAAACAAGCCCAGACAAGCCCCCCCCAGCCGCCCCCGACCCUCAGGCACACGCAUUCACACACACCUUCCCCCAGAGUGGCUCUAAAGGGAGAGCUUUCUUCCUCUUAUUUCUUAUGAACCCAGGAUGAGCAACAAAGAAGACCCGAGCAAGUGUUGCCCCGCAGCCGCUCCGAUCUCCAGUUUUACCAUCCAGUCCAUCCUGGGCAGCGGUACCUCGGAAGGGGGCAGGGAGCCCAGUUCCAAGGCAGCGGCCGCCUGGCCGAGCAGGAAGCGAAGUCUGUCGGUGUCCUCAGAGGAAGAGGAGCCGGAGGAGAGCUGGAAACAUCACGGCUGCUUCUGUCCUGAGUCGCAGGGCCCCAAAGAAACUUGCCACAAACACCAGCCCAUCAGUUUCACGUGUCUCAGCAAUCCAAAGGGAAAUGGAGGAGCAAUGACGGUAAAUACGGACAGGACGCAGUUCCUCUCCCAAUCCCAACAGGACUUGAAGGAGGAAAAAGAGAAACACUUCCCUCCAAACUCCCCGUCUUCUGGGGACAGACAAAGGGACGGAGGGGACAGACAGGCUAAUUCAGCCAAAAAGAAGACCCGCACUGUUUUCUCCCGGAGCCAGGUGUACCAGUUGGAAUCUACCUUUGACAUGAAGAGGUACCUGAGCAGCUCGGAGAGGGCCUGCUUGGCCUCCAGUUUGCAGCUGACGGAGACCCAGGUGAAAACCUGGUUCCAGAACCGCAGGAACAAAUGGAAAAGGCAACUCUCGGCAGAACUGGAGGCGGCCAAUAUGGCUCAUGCCUCAGCCCAGACACUAGUGGGGAUGCCCCUGGUUUUCAGAGACAAUUCCCUUCUGAGAGUGCCGGUACCCAGGUCUAUCGCCUUCCCAGCCCCUUUAUACUACCCAGGCAGCAACUUGUCAGCCUUACCUCUCUAUAAUCUCUACAACAAGAUCGACUACUGACUCUGAAAGCCGAUGGCACUGUCUCCUUCUCUGUAUAGCUCUCCGCUAGCCGCGAUGACCUUUCAUAGAUUUCACCCGUCUGUAUCAACAGGAAAACAAAUGUGCUUCUUGCAAUGUUAAGAAAUACACCAUGUGUAUUCAUUAUUUUUAUUUAUUGGAGCUUCUCGAUUUGUUUGUUUAUGUUCUAGGCUGGCAUAGUGUUUUUAUGUACGAUCGCCAUGCAUUAUCCCACCAGCCAUAACUGACUUUCUGAGCUUCACGGGACUUUCAAAACAAAUUGCAAUCGUCUCUCUAUCUACAUGUGCAGGUAGGAAAAGGCCCAGGGCGCUUGGUUAUUUGUCUCUGCAAUUGUAUAGGCCAAUUUCAACCCCCCCGCCGCCCCCACUCUUUUCCUGAAUAUUAUUCUAUCACUUGAAAAUAAAAUUUAAAAAACAUAUUUCAAAUCUGUAAAUAUUUUUAAAGAAAAUAAAACAUUUUAA